CCUCCUCAAUUCCAAUCCAGGAGAUGGAGACCCGCGCAGCCAAGAAGAGGGCAGAAGCCGAUGCCAUUGCCCAGCACGAGUCUUCCAACAAGAGGCGUGUGGUGUUGGGGGAACUAUCAAAUUUACCAAAUGCCAUCUUUCCCGCUAUUUUGAAUCAGAAAUGUCGAAAGAAGACCCUUUCACUGGAUCAUGAUGCCGAUAUCAAGGACAAUAAGGCAGCGCCCGUUGAUUCUAAGUCAGACGCUGAUGCCAAUCUGAACGAUCAGCAAAAGAUCGAUCCUCCAGCGUCUCAAAUCUAUCAAUACCUUCACAAAAUGGAGAUGGAGCCGAAGCGGAGACCAAUGCCUGACUACCUCGAGAAGGUUCAAAAGAACGUCAGUGCUAAUGCUAGAGGGAUAUUGAUUAAUUGGUUAGCGGAGGUGGCGGAGGAGUACAGGCUUCUCUCGGAUACGCUUCAUCUCUCGGUUUCUUACAUUGACAGGUUCCUCUCUGCCAAGACCGUCAGUAAGCAGAGGCUUCAGUUGCUCGGCGUAUCAUCCAUGUUCAUUGCAUCGAAGUAUGAAGAAAUCAGCCCUCCUCGUGUGGAAGACUUCUGCUACAUAACUGAUAAUACGUACACCCAGGCAGAAGUAGUGGAGAUGGAAGCUCAUGUCCUUAAGUACUUGAAUUUUGAAAUGGGAAGUCCUACGGUAAAGACAUUUCUAAGGAGGCUUGCUGGGAUUGCUAGUGAGUAUCAGAAAACCCAUAAAUUGCAGUUUGAGUUUCUGGCAUACUAUCUUGGUGAGCUAAGUUUGCUGGAUUACAAUUGCGUAAAAUUCUUGCAGUCUAUGGUGGCUGCAUCAGCUAUUUUUCUUGCCAGAUUUAUCAUCUGGCCUAAAGUCCAUCCCUGGAAUUCAGCCCUGCAAGGAUACUCUGGAUACAAGCCGCAUGACUUAAAACAAUGCGUGCUUAUCUUACACGACUUGUACUUGGCAAGAAAAGCGGGCUUUUUGCAAGCUAUACGAGAGAAGUACAGGCAGCACAAGUUCAAGAAUGUGGCUACCCUGCCAUCCCCUCCGGAGAUACCAGAUACUUAUUUCGACAAAUGGUGACAAAAUGAUAGUUCCAUGACGUGAAGGGUCUGGGAUUCUCAUGCGUAAUUGCCUGUUCUCUUCUGAAGGGUUCCAGUGGAACGGGGAUUGAGGUAUUUUGGAUUGAGGUAUUUUUUGUUACGCACAAUAUUAGGCUUCUCUGGU